AUGGCGCAGGCGCCAAAGCAGCCUCUGAUCGCCAUCGUGGGCGCGACAGGCACGGGCAAGUCAGAUCUUGCUGUUGAGAUAGCACGCAACUUCGAUGGCGAAAUCAUUAAUGGAGAUGCGAUGCAAUUGUAUCAUGGCUUACCGGUCAUCACGAACAAGAUCACGGUUGAAGAAUCCAAAAGCGUCCCACAUCAUCUACUUGGCUGCAUCGACCUGGAGCAAGAGACCUGGACUGUCGGAAAAUUCGUGAGCAACGCUCUGGCUGUUAUCGACGAGAUUCGCAGCCGCGGCAAGCUUCCAAUCCUCGUUGGAGGCACUCACUAUUAUACACAAUCACUCUUGUUCAAGGACGCACUAUCAAAGGAGCCCGCCCUCGCCCUGAACGAGAACAGUGAACACUUCCCAAUCUUGGACGAGCCAACUAGCGUGAUCCUUGAAAAGCUAAGGGAGGUCGAUCCUGUGAUGGCGGACAGGUGGCAUCCCAACGAAAGCAGAAAGAUCCAGCGUUCUCUCGAGAUCUAUCUUAGGACUGGCAAGCCAGCUUCACAGGUCUACGACGAGCAACGCAUCAAGCGAGAGAUCGAGCAGAACGCUCUAGGUGACAGUCAGGGCGAGAGCAGCACUGGCUUGCGCUUUCCUACUCUACUGUUCUGGGUCUACGCUGGUAAGGAUGUCUUGUACCCACGUCUCGACGGGCGUGUCGACAAGAUGCUGGCUAGAGGCCUGCUGAACGAGGUAGACGAGUUGACAAAGUUUCGCAGCGAACACGAAGCGCGCACGGGGAUUGCGGUGGAUCAGAGUCGCGGUAUUUGGGUGUCCAUCGGCUACAAGGAGUUCCUCGGCUACCAGACCGCGCUUGCAGACAAUCUCCUCCUACCAGAAGAACUCGAGAAGCAGAAAAUCGCAGCUAUCGAGAAGACUCAGGCUGCAACGAGGCAAUACUCGAGCCGUCAAGCCCGGUGGAUACGAAUCAAGCUGCUGAAUGCACUGUUUGGCGCAGGCUAUAAGAGCAACAUGUUCCUUCUCGAUGGCAGCGAUCUCUCAAAAUGGGAGGAGCAAGUCACUCAACAAGCGACCGCGAUCACUAAGGACUUCCUGUCCGGUCAGACGCUUCCAGAACCCUCCUCACUUUCUGCUGCUGCUGCAGAGAAUCUGACACCAAAGCGCAACUACGAUUUGAGCCAGCAUCCAGACAAGUGGCAAAAGAAGGUCUGCGAGACAUGCGGAACUGUAUCCAUCACCGAAAAUGACUGGAAGCUGCAUGGUCAGAGUCGCGCUCACAGACGAGCCGUCGGCAUCAAAAAGAAGCAAGCAAAUGCGAAGGCGCGUCCGCCAAAGAAUCUCAGCGCAUCGCAGGCUGAGGUCGUAGAUGUUUUGGAGGCAUACUUGGAAGGACAGUCGCGCGAAGACCCCCAAGCUUAG